UUAAAAAUGCAUGAAAUAAAAUAAAUCUGCCGUUUUCACCACUGCAAAGACAUAACAGCCAGCGGUAGUUUUCAAAAGUUCUUGCUGAGGUGAUGCAGCGUUGGGCGGCUACAUGAGCGCAGGGCACCUGUAUUGCCUGUCUGGAGCUCAAAUCUCAGUAAUCGUUUGGUGAAAUUUUUGGUGAGCAGUUUUAAAAAAAUUAAGAGGUUCACAUUUGUUGCAGGCAGACAUGUACGUGUACGCUUUAACCCGAAAUAACAAUAUCACUGAUUACAUUAAAGCUGGUCAGCUUAUUGUUAGCUUAACGUAUUAACUCUUUCUACAAACUACUUUUCCGUUACCGACGGGUACUUAGCUAGUAGGCUACACGAUAAAAGCACUUUCACAUUGCUUGUAGCUUUCUAAUACAAUACAAGCUAGGAGCACAACAGGCUAAGAGCAAAACAGCAUUUAAACAGAACAGAAUCAAGAGUGGAACAGACCAGGAGCUAAGGAAAAUGGCAUGACACCAAAAACAAGGAACAUUCACACCAACUUAUCUAAACAGAUGCACAACCAAGGGUCAAUUAAACCUCAUUAAAUUAAAUUACAUUAAAUUCAUUUUAUUAAAACUCUGACACACGUUCCAGGAAGCGCAAGUCAAAAUAAAAACCAAACCUACAGUAUUGGCUGCGAAACGAAAGUGAAAAUAUCUGUCUGACCCAUGAAGAAGUAAGAAACGAAACAUAAGGAGGAAAAGCACAAAGAUGCCAAUCACAUUCAGCGGAUGGGAGGCCUGCUGCGAAAACUUUAAGCAGCUGCAACCAGGCCAGGCCCCAAAAAAAAGCCAUGGCUACACCAUGUUCCACGGAACACACAAGAACAAUGCCCAAGCUAUAAUAACUACAGGGUUCAGGCCAUCAGGCGGGGGAACACUGGGUGCUGGUGUUUACUGCAGCAGGGAUAUUAACAAAGCCAUGUGCUACCCAGGAGGUUGUGGCCCUACUGACAGAGUAGUGUUCAAGUUGCAGGUCAGAGUUGGCAAGGUAAAGAAAAUUGACAGCCAGUCCAUGCAUUUGAUGACCACAUGGCAUCAGCAUGGAUAUGACACAGCCUGGCUGCCCGCCUCUGUCUGUGGCUUUGAGGAAGACUGCGUGCGGGACCCGAAACGUCUCACGGUUGUAGGGAUAGCACACUGUGGGGAUGCUGCCGUGAAGAAUUCUUUGGAGAAUCUAAUAAAGCAGCAGCUAGAAAAUGGACCAGGACAAAAUGCAAGUGGGCCACCAGGGAAACUUUGCAAGAGCUGUGGAAUGCAAACACAGGACACACACACUGUGGAGAAGUGCUGGGUCUGUAAAGCACCCAUAUGUGCCUUCAUGAACAAGCAUGUAUGCUCGAGGAAGUGAUUAUUGACAUAGUUUAUCCUCUUUGAUUAAUGUGAUUGUUACUUUAUCCUACAAUACACUGCUUUAGAGGAUAAUUAAUAUUCAUAUCACUGGACUAUCCACAAAUCAGUAAAUCUGUAUAGUCUAUAAUUUAUGUUGUAUAUGAUGAAAAUGUUCACUACAGAGACUUGAAUUCUCAAUUCUGAUUGGUCAGAAAGUUUUCAUUGAUUUUUAUUUAGUUUGGAUCUCAUGUGGGUAAGGACAUGUGGGAGUGUCUCCAAAGGGCUGUGCUUUCGUAAUAUUUAGUGGGUUUCCACCAUGGAAAAGUGUUCUGGACCGAGGACUUAAUGUUAAGGCUAACAUUUUUGCCUUAUUGAUGUCAAGGGUGUGAUUAUAUAGAGAAUAGUGAAAAACAAAUGUUCCCAGCUGCUGUGUUGAAACUAAUUGUAUUGUAUUGUGGAUUGUGGAUGUUUUACAAUAUUAGAUUUCAUUAUAAAUUAAUAAAAUGGAUGACUUGU